UAAUGCGGAUAACGCUCAGGACACAUUGCGCACGACGCGCUCUGCCUGCCUCGCGCGCAGCUCUCCUUGGAUUUGGAGGGAGUCACCCACCGGCAGGAGAAGCAGGGAGGGCACGGCCAGUGAGAUUAUGUGGUCAGAACAAGUGAUUAUCUGUGGCUAAAACAUGUAGUUUGACUUCUGUUUUUGCGAGCGCCUCUCGAUGGGAAAACGUUUUGUUCGUCGAAAUGGUGAUUAUUAAACGCCAAUUGCGAUUUAUGUUGGAUUUAUCAGACGCAGAGGACUGCAACAAAUGAUGAAAGUACGGGGUGAAUUUCAGGGGUCUUUCGGUGGAUUGCAGCAGACCUCUCUCAAUAACCAGCCGAGCACAGCAGGGACAGGAAGUCCGAGAUCUGCUCUCUGAAAUGGAUUUAUAUGGCUCUUCGCUCAACCGCAGCCAAUCGCUGGCUAGCGUCCUGGAGAAGACUUCACCGACGUGGAACAAACCAUCCCAUUCUCGGAGCAGUAGCACUCUGUCGUCUCGUCACUCCAGACAGAUUAUCAAAGACUGGGAAGUGAUUGACGACCUCCAUGUAGAAAUGCACUCAGGAGGUGACAAUCCUCAGGAUAUAACCACCCCGGGUAUCUGUGAAGGAUACCUCCUCAAGAGGAGGAAGUGGCCACUGAAAGGUUGGCACAAGCGAUACUUUGUUUUGGAAGCUGGGAUAUUACGCUACUCCAAAAAUCAACAAGAUGUUUCCAGAGGACGAGUCCAGGGCUCUCUAGAUGUUAGCCUCGCUGUAAUGUCAAUAAAUAAGAAAUCAAACCGCAUUGACUUGGAUGCAGGGGACAUCCUCUACCAUAUGAAGGCAAAGAGCCAUGAACUCUUCUACAUCUGGGUAACCAAGCUACAAGCCCACCGCUUGUUCAAGAAGAACGAGGCAGCUCAUGUUCACAGUGGCUUCAUCCAGACUCUGUCCUACAGUGCUGCAGCUGGACAAGCUCAGAGAAAUGGAGAUUUGGCUCCUGCAGGGAUGGUAGAUUCAGCUGGAGUGUCAGGAGUGCUGCCCUCAGCUAACACUGCUGUGAAUAGCAAAGUUUCUGCCUGGCUGCAACAAAGUCACAACCCAGACAUCUGUGUUCAAGAGUUGAACCGAUGCCAUUUGGACCUCUCUGAGCUAAACCGCUUAAUCCAGAGGCUGCAGGCGCUGGAGGGGAGCCAGGCUUUUACUAAUGGAGAACUGCAGCGAAUCAUCAGCAUACAGAAUCUCUCACUUGAGAAGCCAAAGAAGCCAAAGUCAGGGAAGAUGUGGGGCCACUCUCGCACACUGUCCAGAGUGGAAGCCCUGGGAAUGCUGUCCUCCAGUCACCUGAGCAGCUCAUCUCACCUCGGUGCAUCAGUCCCCUCUAUCCCAGACUACGUCUACUCUCAGCUGUCCCCUCCUACCCUCACAUCGCCUGAGGGCAAGAAAAUCCAGCAGGACAUCUGCGCCAUGUCGCUACGAGUGCUUGCAUCCCUGAAGUCAGUUCAUGAGACUCUCUCCCAGGAGAGGCAGAAACUUCAAGAAGUCUGGGAAUCCAACAACAUCCACCAGUCUAACACAUUAGCUGAGCCUGCAGUAGUGAGGCACUCGUCCCACGGGCCUCCUUCAGUGGCAGAUUCAGCUGCGGAGUACUUUGACGCCAGCGAUGACAUCCUUUGUGGCAGUUCCUCUGAGGUGUCUGAAGAAUCAGGACUUAGUGAUGGAAGCACCACCAACUCAGAGCCAGAAGAAGGGCAUGUAUCAGCCACCCGCAAGUACCGUGCCAGCAUUUCCAGGACUCCUAACAGUGUUGUUCACAAGAGCACCGGACGUCGAACUACACUACCUGCUCACUGUCCUGACAACAGCCACGUGGGCCUCAUGGCUAUCCUCUACAAUAACAUAGGUAAAGACUUGGCGCGAGUGUCCAUGCCCGCUGCUCUCAAUGAGCCUGUGAACCUGCUGCAGAGGCUGUGUGAGGAGCUAGAGUACAGUGAGCUGCUGGACACGGCCAACAACACACAGGACCCUUACCAGAGGAUGGUUUACAUUGCUGCCUUUGCUAUCUCUGGUUACUCCACUGCAACUUUCAGAAACCGCUACAAGCCCUUUAACCCGGUGCUGGGUGAGACCUACGAGUGCAUCAGAGAGGACCGGGGCUUCCGCCUCAUCAGUGAGCAGGUCUGCCAUCAUCCACCCAUCUCUGCCUGUCAUGCAGAUUCAGACAACUUCUCUUUUUGGCAAGACCAGCGAUGGAAAAAUAAAUUCUGGGGGAAGUCAUUGGAGAUUCUGCCGACAGGAAUGGUGAAUGUGACUCUUCCAAGGUAUGGCGACCACUAUGAGUGGAACAAAGUAGUGACCUGCAUCCAUAAUGUCCUCAGUCAGCAGCGCUAUCUGGAGCAUUACGGAGAGGUCACCAUCCGAAACCUUAAAAGCAACGACUGCACCUGCAAGAUUACUUUUGUCAAGUCUCGUUAUUGGGGUUCAGACACAAACAAGAAUGAGGUGCAGGGCAUGGUGCUGGACCAAAGUGGAAGUGUUAUUCACCGGUUUGGAGGCCUGUGGCAUGAAGGCAUCUUCUGUGACACUCUGCCGACUCCAAAAUGUGUCUGGAAGCCAAAUCCCCAGCCAAAGGAUUACAUGCUGUACUAUGGCUUCUCCACCUUUGCCAUGGAGCUGAAUGAGCUCACUCCGGACCUGAAGCCUUUCCUGCCUUCGACAGACAGUCGCCUGCGUCCGGACCAAAGAAUGCUGGAGGAGGGAAAGGUGGAUGAAGCAGACAGAAAGAAAGAUGAGAUAGAGGAAAUUCAAAGGGAACGGAGAAAAGAGCUCACCAAAAAGGGUGAAGAGCAUGUUCCACGUUUUUUCAAGAAAGCCAAAGACUCCUGUGGACGGGACGUGUGGUUGACAAACGGGACUUACUGGAAGCUCAGAGAGAAUCCAGGUUUUGCUAAAACUGAAAACAUAGUUUUGUGGUGAUGACGUGGCAGUGACGAGCAACAACAGACAAACAAACAAACAAACAAAAAAACAACAACAAACAAACAAAAAAAAACAUGAGUCAAAGAUUUUAAAAUAUGAAUAUUUGAACAGCAUAUAUGAACUGCUCUGAGAAACAUGCAGAGCAGAGAUAGUGCUGCUGAUGUCCUUUUCGCCCAUGACUGGCUCAUGGGAACUCUCAGCACCUGAUAUAGUCUCAGAAAGUUGCCUGUAAAGUUUCCCAGAACUCAGUGCAUAACAAGAUAUGUAGAAAGAACUCUCUCUCAAUAAGAUUAUUUUCUAAUGCAUUUUAUUUUUUUUUUAGAUAACUUCACUCAACUUAUUUGUACUUAUAUUUUUGAGAAUUUCUGUUUUUUUGCUGAAAAGACUGUACAUGACGCACACUCUGCAGACCAUGAAAUGAGAAAACAACUUCAAAUGGAAACUCCUUUAAAACUGUCAAAUUAGCAUUUUUCUGUCAGGUUAGUAAGAGUCCUGUUACAUUAGUGUAUUGUAAUUAAACAUUCAUUCAAGUAGAGUAUAUUUACAGCAUCUAGCUACCUAUCUCGAGGUGCACCAUCACUGAUGUACUGAACAUCAAUUCCUCCAUCGUAGUAUCUGUGGCUUCCACAUGAUGAAGAAGUGAGAUGAUUGUCAUCACCUAAGGUGGAUGGAGGAUGUUUUAUUGAUAGAAUUUAAGACAGUAUCUGUCUAAAUACUACUGCUAACAUACAUCAAAUGCUGGUGAAACAUCUAUAAAAAAUAUUUUAAUUUUUUAUUAACUUUUUGGAACAUGUAACUAAUUACCAACACUCAGUAUAAACACAUAUUUUAAAAGAGGAGAAAAGAUAUUAAACUGUAUUUUUAUGUCAUUAAUAGUGAAACGCAUAUCCAGCUGGUUGGAGACAUGUAAACUAUACUGUAUUUAUACAGUACAUUAAACUGUCAACCUCACACCUGUGGUUUUAUUUUUGAGUUGAAUUUAAUUUAAUAUAACUGCUUCAAAAUGACACUUACAGUCAUUAAAAAUUAACAAGCCUUCAAACCUUCAAAUCAGUAGUUCCCCCAACAUUAAAGAAACAUCAGUCGAGAUUUGUCAUGUGUAAGCUUUAAUUUCAUGAAUAAAAAAAACAACAGUACAUUACACAAUUAAGCCACCUUUAAUAAAUAACAGUUUCCCCCAUCUUCAUCUCUUAUUUGUUUCUGCAUUGCAAUUUAUAAGCUCUCAAUGAAAGAGUCAAAGGAGGAUUAUUGCUCCCUUGACAUAAACAGUGCACAUGGAUCACACACAAAAAAAUAACAUGCUUGUUGCUCGAUCUGCCUGGUCUCCCCUCUUCACUCCUCUAUUUUUAUAUCGUACAGUAAAAUCUCUGGAAGUACAGAACCCACACACAGUCUUAGUCUCUUAACAACAGAAAUGUGUGUUCAAGGGAAACACAGACUGGAGGGAAAUGGAGGUAUGGAAGGUUUAACAUCAGGGAUUUGUGGUUCAUUUGUGGCUGAAGUCAAUUGUAAUAGCUGACAUAUCCAGCAGGGGUCGUUCCUGAGGCGCGUGAAAGCAUUUUUACUGUUGCUGUUUGAUGUGAGAUCUUGCACUCAAUGUAGGUGCAGGGUCACUGAGAGUACCACAUAAAAAAUCACAGCACAUUAAAUAAAUAACUGACAUUGACCACAG